CAGUACACGGCUAGUCGGCUACACGCAGAAAUGGCUAAUAAAGCGAGGUGGUUGCCGCUGGAGUCGAACCCAGAAGUUUUUAACAAGUAUGUGAGCAACCUAGGAGUGAGCAAUCUGCCCGGGGAGUGGCAGUUUGUCGACGUCUGGGGUCUGGAACCGGAUUUGCUGGCCACCGUACCACACCCAGUCGGUGCGGUUCUACUCCUCUUCCCCAUCAAGGAUUCCUAUACUGAAUGGUGCAAGAAGGAACAGGAGAGGCUUGCUGCAGCCAAGCAAACAGUAAGCAACAAGCUCUACUACACCAAGCAGACGGUUGGCAACGCGUGCGGAACCGUGGCGCUCAUCCACGCACUCGCGAACAACGUCGACAAGCUGAAGUUGACCAGCGACGGCAAGUUAAAGAGGUUCCUUGACGCCACCAUCAAGCUCGACCCCGAGGCCAGGGCUGCGUACCUUGCGACCGACUCGGACAUUUGCUCUGCUCAUGAAGAAAGUGCUCAAGAGGGACAGACAGAGGCGCCCUCUGCUGACCAAGAAGUAACUCCACACUUCGUGGCCAUGGUUGAAGUGGAAGGCCACCUUUAUGAGCUUGAUGGAAGGAAACCUGGCCCCGUUAACCAUGGUCCGUCAUCUCCCGAAACGCUACUGCAGGACGCGGCGAGGGUGUGCAAGCAGUUCAUGGAGCGGGAUCCAGACGAGGUGAACUUCACCGUUGUAGCGCUGGCCGCCGCAAACUGACGCCGGCGCCACCUGCUGGCGGCCUGACCCGGAGCCUUUAUCACUGUAUUCAACGUUACUGCUGCCCGCUUUGACUUUUCUGUGGUUUGGUUUUGGGAGUUGCGGGGAUUUGGGGAGGAGGCCGAUGAAGAGGUGCUUGCCUACUUUGGUCCUUGCACUAGGUUGUGAGAUUGAGUCGGGUAGUGAGUCCCGGGUACUGAAGAAGAGAUUUCGAAUGUGAAUUGUUAGAUUUGCUGAUGUUGACAGAAGCUGAUUCGAUGUAAGCUCUGACCUCUUAUUAUAACUGUGGCUCCCUCGUUCAACGUUUAUGUCGUUACCUUGACAAUAAUUUAUUAUUGUCGCUUGUAAAUCUCAAGUUGAUGAUAUUUUAGGUUACCUGCGUCUUCCAACCGCAGGGUACCACAUCUCUCUGACGAAUUAAUAUUUCUUUUGUUAUCCUCACCACCGCAUUGUAUGCAUCCAACGCCUUGUCAUUUUUAGUGUUUUCCGCCUCUUUUUGGCAUCUCUUCUAGUUUUUUCUCUGUAUGCGUCCUAGCUCCUUUCCGUAUUUCGUUUCUGCCCCGUACGUACCUCGUCUUUUUUCUUAAUCCCAACUUUCCCAUGUCGCACCUCUCUGUACUGCUCCCUUUCUCAAUAGCCCAUCGCUCCGAUGCAUGCCACGGGUAUCUGUCUUCGUUGUGCUUCUCUCACGGUGGUCAUAUUAUUGCCUCUUGUAGUGUGAUUAUGUUCUAGAACAAGGAAUUUUGUGGGUCUUCCAGUGAACAUUGCUGGCUUCACAGGAAAUAUCAGUUUACAUUUCACUGCACCGACUACGUAACUUGUAACUACGUAAUGUGUGUGUGUGCGUGUGCGUGCCUGCGUGCGUGCGUGCGUCCGUGGGCCAGUGCGUGUGCCUGUGCAUGCGUGCCCCUGUGCACAUGCGU